AUGCCGGCCUGGCGCUGCGGCAUGGCACGCACACUGAGUGCCCAGACCAAGACGGGGGCCACCCCGCUGUACCUCGCCUGCCAGGAGGGCCACCUGGAGAUCAUCCAGUACCUGGUGCAGGACUGCGGGGCCGACCCCCACGCGCGUGCCCACGACGGCAUGACCCCGCUGCAUGCCGCCGCCCAGAUGGGCCACAACACCAUCAUCGUCUGGCUGAUGAGCUUCACGACGGUGAGCCUGUCGGAGCGGGAUGCCGAGGGGGCCACGGCCAUGCACUUCGCCGCCAGCCGCGGCCACGCCAAGGUGCUGAGCUGGCUGCUGCUGCACGGUGGGGAGAUCACUGCCGACGCCUGGGGCGGCACGCCGCUGCACGAUGCCGCUGAGAAUGGCGAGCUGGAGUGCUGCCAGAUCCUGGUGGUGAACGGUGCCGACCUCAGCGUCCGUGACCAGGACGGCUACACGGCGGCCGACCUCGCCGACUACAAUGGCCAUGGCCACUGCGCCCAGUACCUGCGCACCGUGGAGAACAUGGUACAGCGGCAUCCUCAGAGCGUGGAGCACCGCGUGCUGUCGCGAGACCCCUCGGCGGACGGGGAGUGCCGGCAGCCCGACUCGGGCAUGUCAUCGCCCAACACCACGGUGUCAGCACCCCAGGCGCGCUUCGAGGUGGGCUCCCCCACCACCACCCGGGUCGCAGCCAGGCACGGCUGCACUGAGCCACGCUCCCCGUUGCAGCUGGUGUCACACGAGAGCAGCCCCGAGGGCCUGCGCAGGGCCGACUCCACCAGGCGGUCGAGGAAUUUCGGCAAGCAGCCGAGCACCGGUGACUACUACAAGCACCUGGGCCACGGCGCAGCCGAGCAGCCCGGCCCCCGGCGAAUGGCGCACAGCGAGGAGGCAUCGCCCAUCUCGGCGGACACCAUGCGCAAUGGGGAGAGCAAGCCCGGCGCCGAGCUGCCACCCCCCCUCAAGGCCAACUAUGAGGGGCCGGGAGGGGCCCCCGUGCCCCUCCCCAGGGUCACCAAGCGCAAGCGGGCGCAGCCCCCCGGCAGCACCCGCCAGCCCGUCCUGGAGGAGGAGUAUGGGGACGGGGCACCGCAGCGGAGCCGGACGGCACCACCAGAGCCAAGCGGCCCACGGGAGUGCGCCGAGGCACACAAGGAGCGUGCCGCCUUCCUCUUCCUGGAGCACUGGAAGAAGCGGGCGCUGGCAGCAGUGCCCGGGGAGGAGCGGCCGCGGCGGCCAGGGAGGCGGCGGCCAGCGGCAGGGCGGCUGCUGGCCCGCUGGAGGAGCAUUGCCCGCCGGGUGCCGGGGCGGCAGAUCCGGAGGCUGAGCCGUACUGCGGCGCUGUACUGGCCCCAGCACUUCCUGCCCCACGUCGGCGGCUCGCCCGUGCCCCACGACAGCCUUCCGCUUGACCUCUUCAUGCUGGGCUACUUCCAGCUGCUGGAGAUGCCGCUCAGCCCCGAGGAGCGGCGCUUCCGCCACCUCCUCUGCUACGAGAUGUUCGACCGCCUGGGCGGCCACAGCUGGCGCCGCGUCCGCCACUUCCACCGUGCCGUGCUGGAGCAGGUCGAGGCGGGCCACCGCCACUGGCUCGAUGGCUUUGAGGACCUCGUGCAGGAGUUUUUUGGGGAUGGCCCCACCACGGUGGCGGAGAGCCCGCCGGAGCCCCCCCCUCCGGCCCCGGGAGGGGAGGGGGCGGCAGUCCUGGUGCCGGAGCUGGGCGAGUUCAGCGAGGAAGACAUCUGCCGCUUCAUCGACCGCAGCUUCUCCUUCUGGAAGGAGAAGGAGGAGAAGGAGGAGGAAGCGCGCCUGGCCAGUAUGCCGGCCUGGAGGAGGGACAUCCUGCGCAAAAAGCUGGAGGAGGAGAGGGAGCAGAAACGGAAAGAGCAGGAGAAGCUGAAGCGGGAGGAGGAAGAGAAGGAGAAGGAGCAGUCGGAAAAGCUAAGGACUCUCGGGUGCGAUGAGACAAAGCUGGCGCCCUGGCAGCGGCAGAUCAUCCUCAAGAAGGGGGACAUAGCCAAGCACUAG